GUGGCUGCCUUCUCCGGGGGCGAUGAAGCUCCCGUGGCUGGGCGUGGAUGUCUCCCGGGUGCUGCACUUGGCUGCCGUCUUUUGCCUGACCUGCGUGCUGCUGAAGGCCAUCCAGCUGUACCACCGGCGGCGGGAGCUGCUCAGGGCGCUGGCCGACUUCCCCGGCCACCCGACCCACUGGCUCUUCGGCCACGUCCACGAGGUAGGGCGAGAGCCCGAGGUGCUGGACAAGGUGGAGACCUGGGCACAGAAGUACCUCUACGCUCACCCUCUCUGGUUCGGGAGUUUCUCAGCAUUACUGGUUGUCACUGAUCCCGACUAUGCUAAGGCUCUGCUGGCCAGAGGAGAUCCCAAGGAUAACGUCAGCUAUAAACACCUUGUCCCGUGGAUCGGGAAUGGAUUGCUGAUCUUACACGGGCCAAAAUGGCACCAACAUCGAAAACUCCUGACUCCAGGGUUUCAUUACGACGUCUUGAAACCGUACGUGGCCCUGAUGGCAGAGUCUACUAACGUGAUGCUGGAUAAAUGGGAGCAGCUGAUCACAGAUGGGAAACCAGUGGAGCUCUUUGAGCACGUCAGCUUGAUGACUCUCGAUAGCAUCAUGAAAUGUGCCUUCAGUUGUCACAGCAACUGCCAGACCAACAGGAAAAACACCUACAUCCAGGCUGUCUAUGACCUAUGCCACAUGGUGCACCAGCGCCUCCGCAUCUUCCCCUACCACAAUGACAUCAUUUACUGGCUCAGCCCCCACGGAUAUCGGUUCAGGAAGGUCUGCCAGCUUGCUCAUGACCACACAGACAAGGUGAUCCAUGAGCGAAAGGAGUCCCUUAAAGAUGAACAGGAAUUUGAAAAGAUCCAGAAGAAGAGACAUUUGGACUUCUUGGACAUUCUGCUGUGUGCCAAAGACGAGAACGGAGCUGGACUGUCCGAUGAGGACCUGCGUGCCGAGGUGGACACAUUCAUGUUUGAGGGCCACGAUACGACAGCCAGCGGGAUCUCCUGGCUCUUGUACUGCCUGGCGUCACACCCCGAGCACCAGACACGGUGCCGGGAGGAGAUCCAGGGGAUCCUGGGGCACCGAGAGACGCUUCAGUGGGAGGACCUGGGCAAGAUGACUUACAGCACCAUGUGCAUCAGGGAGAGCCUUCGCCUUUACCCACCGGUGCCUGGCGUGUCCCAGCAGCUCAGCAAACCCAUCACCUUCCCCGAUGGACGCACCUUGCCAGAAGGCAGCCUCACUGCGAUUAGCAUUUAUCUUAUUCACAGAAACCCUGCAGUAUGGAAAGACCCUUUGGUGUUUGAUCCUUUGCGGUUUUCCCCGGAGAACGUCUCUGGCAGACACUCUCACGCCUUUCUGCCUUUUUCUGCUGGAAUGAGGAACUGCAUCGGGCAGCAGUUCGCCAUGAACGAGAUGAAGGUAGCCCUGGCCCUGACCCUGCUCCGCUUCAAGCUCUCGCCCGACCCAGCCAAGCCUCCCUGCAAAAUACCUCAGAUCAUCCUUCGCUCCAAGAAUGGGAUUCACCUGUAUCUAAAGAAAAUCCACUGAUGCUGGAAAACGACCUGCCUUCGCUGGAGGGAGGGACCAAGCAGAUGAUGGGACAAUGUUUCUCUAGGGCAAAAGGUGCAGGGCAGGAUCUGGGGAUGAGGAUUCCUAAUUUCUGUACUUCUUCCACCAGCUGAAAGCCCUUUUCGGCCUCGGCCCAGGUAGCCUGGAUGGCAUUGCACAGACCCAUUGCCAUCUGCUCCGUGAGCGCCAAUCUUGGAGGAGCCAGGCAUGGCCAUGCCUCUUUGCUGGCUGUCCCCUUGCCCUGCCGUAAGGGCUGGACUGGCCUGGGAACAUCUGCAGGUCACACCAGCUUCCUCCUUACCAAAUCCUGCCUUCAAACUCAUGUCCUGGCCAAAUCCGUGACUGUUCCCAGCCCUGCUCCAUUGUCAGCACCUUCCUCAGUGCCUAGAGGUCAGCCCUCCUCUCCUCCAGCAGGGACAGCCCGUGGCAGACCUCUGUCUCUCUUCUCGCACUCAAUGUGUCUCUGUUUUGUUGAAAACACUGAUUCCAGUUUGGGGUUUGAAAUUCUGCCUAAACUGCAAAAUACUCUGUAAUUUUUGUGUUAAU